AUGAAUAGCAACUCGACUGGACCCUCUUCCUUCUCCGGCCCCAUAACCACGGCCGCAGCCAGUGCACAGUCUAACCCACGACGGAUGUCAAUUACCACUUUGGGCUUGUCUGGUUCUCCAACCCAGACCUCGCCAUUUUCCAAUUUACCCCCUCGUCGUGAAAGUCUGUCAAGUUCGGGGAGCUUUGAAGAGGCUGUCGACGAUAAUGAGAGCGCGUCCCCCAACCAUCCUACAUCGCCCUUUGCAAGACGGGCGUCAUUUGGCGCUCAGGCAUUAAGGGAGGCUCGUGGUGGAACUGGUACAGGAAAUGAUAAUUCCCCUGCACACUCUGCAAGUACUAGCAAAAAUACCUCUGCAAAUGAAAGAUCUAACCUGUCAUGGCGACCUACAGGCGAAGGAUUUAACUGGUCCGCUGCUCUUCGGAACAGAGCCGAACGCGCCCCUUCCAUUGGGGGUUCAAACCAGCAGUCCCCGAUAAAUAGUGACCCGCAGAUUCAUCACCAACGCGCAGCUUCUAUUGCCAUAAUGGAGCAGCCUUCGCGUGAACUGCCCAAGGAGCCGAGGCAGAAUAAGCCGGAUUUUUUUCAAGAGAAAAUUCUUCGUGCCGAUUUCAUGGACUAG